GGAUCAACACUCAAUUAAUGUUAAUUAUAAAUUUUAUUAUUAUUCGCUGACCUUCGAUUAUGAUUAUUAUGAAAGACUUGAGCGCAAACUUUAUAUUACUGUGACUAAAUUAUUUUAUAUACAUUUAUAUAUAUAUAUAUGUAUAUAUAAUAUGUGUCAGCAAUGAUGACGUAUGAUUUGUCUAAUCGUCCAAGUAUAACCUCAAAGAUCAUGAAUUAUCAGCUAAAAUGAUGAUAAUAAAUAUAUGAUUUAUAUGAUUGUCAAAAUAUUGUGAUAUGGAGCUCGAUGCGAUGAUAACUUAAUUGCUGGUUAAUUUGAUGAGGAAGGAAAAAAUGAUUAUUUUGUACUGACGAAAAUGAUCACUAGGAUCGACAGAAAAUUGAUGGAUGUGAUUCUCUAUAAAUUACCAGUUAAAAAUGAAUUCAUUGUUGAAGUCCGUAAAGUCAAUAGCCAACAAGAGGCACUUCCUGGUGAAGGAGUCGCUGAGGAAACAAUUGAACGCAACGGUGAUGGAGUUGCAGGGCGUCGAGGGAAUAUCUGAAGGUACUAUUGGAAAUUGCGAGGAAACGAUGGCACUUUGUUCAGUGCUGGAAGCGAUAUUCCUUCAUGGUCUCAAGGACAGUUUGUUGAAUCGAGUGACUGAGGUGCUGAGUGGUCCCGAUUUCGACGCAAUGCCACAGCCGAGUUUCUGGGGCCCGCUGCUGGUUUUCUCCCAUCGUGAAAUGAUUGACCAGAUACUGAAUCUCCAGCAGAUAACCACUGAAGUUGGUUACUGUCGUGCGUGGAUAAGGCUCGCAAUUAAUGAGGGUCUUCUGUCGAGCUAUUUGUCAUCAAUACAACGGGACGAUUCAGCAUUGAAACCUUAUUAUGAUCGGUCUGCGUUCAUUCGAGAUUCGGAUCAUGUUGAGGUCGCCAGAAGAUUGGUCGAAAGCCUUGACAGUAUCACUUUUCAGUUGGCUUGUAAUACUAGUUUACUAAAUUUUUGGUCUAGCACGCCGCUGCUGAUGGCUGCUAUCUGGCUACCGCCAAUGAAGUCGUGUCCUGUCUUCAGCGCUGUUGAUAUUGCCAAGACAAUUAACAGUGAUCCGAUAGACUCUUCUUACAACAGCGAUGAUGUAGAGACUGCUAGUUCUAUUGGUAGUAUGGGAUCAUUUUCAUCUCAGUCUAUUUUAAAUAACGUCUCGGCGCUCAGUGAAGAUGAUGCGUUGAGAAUAAUACUGGCCAAUGGUGGGAGGCAGAUUAAAAUUGAUGAGAAAAGUGCUAGAGAUGGUGGAGAAUCUAGCAGAUCAAGGCCAGCUCAGGAGGAUCCUAAGAUUGGGGAGGAAAAUGGCCCGGUGCUGAAAGAAAGUAAACCUGAGGUGUCAACUGACGUAGCGAUGGCUGAAGUUGAAAGUGUUGAGAGCGCGACCCAAAUAGAUGCAGAGGAAGAAAAGGAACCAGCGAAAGCUGAAGUUGUUGGUAAUUCGUUGAUUGGAAAACUUGGGUGGUCGACGUCGAUAGAAGAGGGCGAGUCUUCUAUGACUUCGUCAAUGGUAUCGCGAGGCUCACUCGUCGAGCCACGGACUCCUGGUGACGGUGCGACUUAUGACGCUUUGAUCAAAAGUUAUCAUACCGCUGGCUACGCUACUUCACCAGACAUUCGUGACUUUCUUAAUAAAUACACGCCUGGAGUGACCCAGGAGCAGGAAGAACCUAAACCUGAAGUCAAGACUGGAGACAACUUAGAGGACCAGAUAGGAAGAUUGCCGCGGGAAAAGGGUCUAGAUGUUCAGAACUACAGUUGCUUUGACUGCGGACACGCUAUCGGGAUGACGUUUUCCAAAGCUUACGUUUGUGGAUUUUCUGGAAAUUAUUUCUGCAUCAACUGCAUGGCAACUGAAGAAUUUUUAAUACCAUCGCGUAUAAUUCAUAACUGGGAUUUAAAACACUACAGGGUCAGUGUAAAAGCGGCAUCGUAUCUUACAGACUGCGCAACUUUGUUGAACCUAAAGGUUUUAAAUCCAAAAAUUUAUGCGGCAGUUGACAGUAUGGCACAAUUACGUACUUUAAGAAUACAAUUGAAUCUUCUACGUGCGUAUUUAUUUACCUGCCGUGAACCGAUUAUCGAGUCACUGCAGAAAAAAGUUUCACCACGUGACUAUUUGUACGAACACGUGCACCAGUACUCAGUAUCAGACCUUCUGGACGUACCUUCGGGAUCUUUAGCUCAACAGCUACAGAAAAUAGUUGAGUUUGCGAGAAAUCAUGUUUUGAAUUGCUGGCUUUGUAGUCAGAAAGGUUUCAUCUGUGAAAUUUGUAAUAAUCCUAAAGUUAUUUAUCCAUUCGACAUGGCGUCUACUUACAGAUGUGGAGAGUGCAAUGCUGUCUUUCAUGCCGACUGUCUUAAUUCCAAAAAACCCUGUCCCAAAUGCGAGCGUAAGCGAAAGCGGACAGAUCGGCCGCCGAUUGAUGCUCAAGAAUCCACAUCAACGUGAUAACAGGUUAUCAGCAAUAUAGAUAAUUAAGUAAAUAAAAUAUCAUCGCUUGAUUGCAAUGAUUCUUAAAGAGCUUUAAAAUUAAUUUUUAAUAUUACAAUUAAGUGAAAGCCCUAAUUAUUUACACUAACGAGUAAGCUAGGCAUUGUAAUAAAUUUUUAAAAUUCAUUUUGCGUAUGCCCAAGUAGCACAGACACACCUUAAGAUGUCAUUUAAAAGGACGAGAUAAAUUUUUUCUCGAAGCCAAGUUUUGUGCAGAUGUUGAUUCUAGGAGUCAUAGAAAAUUUUUCUUCUUUUUUCUGUCUUAAAAAAGUCAUUUUAAUUAAAAAAUUGUUUAGAUGACUUAUUAGACAAUUAUUUGUAAUUUACUCCGGUUGUUACUUGUGUUGAGUCUUUUAAGCCGAUGUUUUUUUGAUGAAAAAUUUCUGAUCAUUCAAAAUUUUGCCUUAUCGAUUGGUCAAAAAGCAGCCUCAAAACUCCUAUCUUACAGAUGUCACAAACCAAAGUGUGCUACUUGGGUGACCGCAUUUUGUAAAUGUACCAGUUAUGGACAUGGUAUAUAGUAAAUUAAAUUUUUUUUUUUGAUAAAUCUUUUUAACUAUAAAUUGGAGUGCAUUUUCUAGUGUCCUGCGUAUUGCAGAGAUUAUUAAAAAAAUACUUGUAUUUUAAAAAUAUCGAAGGUUGACUUGAAACUUGGUCAGAACUUUCUGGUCGUUAGAAAUUUAAAAAUGCGCAAUUUUUAAAUUUAAGAAGGGUCUGAACUUUUUUCUCUAUCACACUCAAGUCGACGAACGGUACUAUCUUUGUUGCACUUGCGCAGUAAAUGGAAACUUUUCCUACCUUUUUUUUUUAGACAAAUGAACAUUUUUUAUAAAUGAAAACGCAGAAUGCGUCGAGCCUCGUUCUUAAUUUUGCGUUUAGAGAAUUUGCUUUAUAGGAAAACUCGGAAAAAAUUACUAUCGAUCCUCCUCAAGUAAUUUAUCGGUAUUUGAAAAAAAGUCCCCUCAAUUGUGAGAGCAACAAAGAUAGUGGAGGUUUCCCCAAAUAAACAAUUAAGUGUAAAUAAUUGGGUAUUUUACGUUACCACGUUGUAAUAUUUACGAUAAAUUAUAAUUAAUUUAAUAUUUAUAUGUACAAAA